UCGUGGCAUCUAGAAGGGGCAAGUACUGAUUUGUCGACAGUUGAGGGGUCAAUCUGGGAAACAACAAAGAUAGAACUGAACAGGGGCCGGAAAGCAACGUUACCCUCAUCCAGGAAAACCUUCGCUUCACUCCCGCGGCUGCGGUGCUUCGUCGUCCCAUUCCGGGCGAUGGCCUGCUUGGAAGCGCCCCCUCCCCUCGACCUCCGCACGGCCACGGGCCAACCCCGCGGCCGGAAGCUGCAGCCAUGGCGGCUCAGCCUGCCGAGCUCCUCCUCAUGCAACGCUUGUACUCUAGUGUCCCGACAGCUUCCAAUAUGCAAUGCACAGUCAUAUGCUGAUGAACUAUGGGUAGCUGCUCCUCAGAGCCCUUCAUCGGUUCGGUCAAGGUUACUUGCUGCAGAAAGAGAGGAGGCAAAAGCUGUGCUGUCAUUAUUCUUGAGACAGAAAGGUUUGAGAAGUACGCUAGCUGCACGGAUCGUCAACAAAUCAGAUGGUUUUAUUGAGCACCUGGUGUCAAAGCUCCAGAUUGCUUACAGAUCUCGAUAUGCUGAAGGAAGAGAGCUGAGCACACCUGAGAUCAGAGAUGCUCUCCUUCCAUAUCUUGAAGCUCUUUCCAGAGAACAUGGCGAUAGAUUGGUCGAGGUGGUGGAGAACUUCGCUGAUCCUUUUUCUCUGGAAAGGGAAGCCUUGUCUUCUUCAAUGGUACUUACACCCACGAGCUCAAAUAAACAGAAGGCAGUUGCUCGAAUAAGCACACCAACCUCAGGGGGAGCCCUCCCUGAGCUAGUGGUCUACCUACUAGACCUUGGUAUGGAUCAUGAGGAGAUCAAGAAUAUUGUGCGCAAGUUCCCAGCAUUUGCAUAUUACAAUGUGGAUCGCAAGAUAAAACCCCUGGUGGAGCUAUUGCUUGACCUUGGUGUGCCGAGGUCCAGCAUUCCAGGAAUCAUAAGGAAGAGGCCUCAACUCUGUGGGAUCAGCAUGUCAGACAAUCUUAAACCGAUGAUGGCUUAUUUGGAAAACAUCGGUGUCAACAGAGCUCAGUGGAGCAAGGUGCUUACCCGGUUCCCUGCAUUUCUCACGUACAGCAGGAACAAGGUGGAGACAACUGUGAGCUUCCUUAUUGAGCUAGGAGUUUCCAAGAAAAACAUUGGCAAGAUCCUGACACGAUGCCCUCAUAUCAUGAGCUACAGCAUCGAUGACAAUCUCAGGCCAACUGCUGAGUACUUCCGGUCUAUUGGUGCAGAUGCUGCAUCUCUUAUUCAGAAGAGUCCACAGGCUUUUGGUCUGAAUGUCGAGGCGAAGCUGAAGCCAAUCACAGAAUUCUUCCUGGCGAGGGAGUUUAGCAUAGAGGAAAUUGGCAUUAUGGUGAACAGAUUUGGAAUUAUUCAUACGUUAAGCUUGGAAGAAAACUUGCUCCCGAAAUAUGAGUUCUUCCUGACGAUGGAGUACCCAAGGAGUGAGCUCGUGAAAUUUCCGCAAUACUUUGGAUACAGCUUGGAACAACGGAUAAAGCCACGGUAUGCUCGGAUGACUGGUUCUGGGGUGAGGUUGAUUUUGAACCAGAUGCUGUCAGUAUCUGAUGCCAGGUUUGAGGAAAUUCUAGAAAAGAAGAGGACCGUAGUUUGAAAAGAUGAUGAUAAUUUCAGAUAAUUACAAUUUUGCAUUGCAUUUGAUAACAAUCAUCACCACGCCAUGUUUUAUGGGAUUGAUGUGGGCAUGUGGCUUUAAUUUUCCAGAGCAAGUACCUUUGUGUUGGGCUUGAUGGAUACGCAAAAUUUGAAAGCGGACAAUUUGAUA